GGAGUGUUCAAGUCACAGCUGAGAUAUGCAGACUUCACAGCCUGUGGUUGGUUUCUUAUAGGGAAGGACAGGCUCUGUCUGGCCAACACCCAAUGCUUGCUGCACAGCCCGUACUACCGCCCCUUCCUUGGUUAUAAGCAAGAGAUCAACACAGGUGGGAAAUUGCAGGAGAGAAGAACCCAGCACCAACAAUGGCCAGUGGGAAUGAAAGGUUUGAGUCAAAGAGAUGCAACAGGACAGAACAAAUCACCCACAAACGAAGGAAUGAAGACCUCCUGACAUUCUACCUACGUCAUCAGGAUGCACUAAGAAGUCCUUGUGCAUGCCACCAAAGCAACAUUUUUACUCUGCCGUGUUCUGACGCUAUAAGGAGAGACAUCCAAGUGCUUCAGAAGUUCAUCAGGAAGUACGAGCCCCAUGGAGCUGUUGUUACCAAAGAAGAAGUUGUUAUUGUGAGUGAAGACACUGAUGUUUGCAAACAAACAUCACCAAAGAACCUCAGCAAAGCUGCAACCCUAAUGGAAGAGCACAGGGUAGAAGCAGGAAGCAGAGACUGCCCAGAAUCCCAUAGCACAAACCUUGGGGAGCCUCCACAAGGCAGGCCACGGUCACAGCCUCCAGCUCCGAGGGACCAAAGGGAACCGAAGGAUUUGGGUCUUCCCCCUGAUGAUAAGUGGAACUGCAUGGAUUUUAGCAAGAAGGUCUAUGGGCUGGCAGCCACUUAUCUCGCAAUAGCAGUGGGAUUUCUGGGCUGGUCCAGGCUACGGCUCCAGCUGGGGAACUAUUACUGGAUAUCCCUCACUUUUGUGAUGUGCAUUGCUCUUAUCCUCCUGAGCUCUGCAGCCAGCCAAAUGGGUUCCGUGAAUGCCUUUUACAGCUUGACAGUGACAGCAAUUGGAAGUGCAGUACUUGGAAUUAUUUCAGACUCCUAUGAGUCAGAGACAGUGAUGUUAACUGGAGGAAUAACUGCAGCUGCAACCCUGUUACUAUAUUUAUUUGCUCAGAAGACAAAUAAACCUCCAAUGAACUUCACCAUAACGAGCACUUUGAGCAUCCUGUGGGUUGCUGGGGCAAUUGCCUGUGUCAUUAUAAACUCAUACAAGUUCCAGGCUUUGUAUGCUCUGUUUGGAAUUCUGUUCUUUGCUACUGAUCUAACAAAGACAGUGACUGAGCUCCAAAGUCAGCCCAUGGAAGUGCAGCACUCUGCAGACCAUAUCGAGGCAGCACAAGGACUUUUCAUACCCAUUGCUAUGAUCUUCUUCUUUACUUUGCUAUUAGUUGGUUGAACACACAGCAAAGCCAAAUAUUUUGGCUGCCCUCAACUAUCAGCAAAGUGCCACUUCUACCUAAAGGAAAGUACAGGACUGCUCCUUGAGGCAUUCUGGCAAGGUGGCUGUGGAAUGUAUUUUCAUGUAAUAGUAUUUCUAUGGAUGGAAAAAAUCUUAAGAUAUUGUAGAAGUGUAUUAAUGAGAGAGUGAACACAACAUACCCACUCAUCAGUGAAAUAUUUUCCUCACUGAUGAGAUGGCCCCUUGAUCAAUGAAUUAUGUUGCAUUUAUUGUCAGAAUUGAACCCCAGUGAAAAGUUACGGACUACAGAGAAGAUGGGAGAUGUUUGAGGGGAUGGUGAUGGUUACUGUGAAUAUCUUUUUAAGGACUGUCAUUUGUACUUCUGGAUGCUUGGUAAUUUGAUAGAGCAGCAAACAGGAAGCUCAACAAAGUGAGAAGGAGAGCAAAACUCAGGGGUGAUGAUCUUAGGAUUAACCGCUGCAACAUGCUGAACAUGGGCCCACAUCUCAUGUGCAUGUAGUGAGUUACUUUAAAACUUGAUGUUUAACCCUGUAUUGCACUAUACUGCUGGUUUUGGAGCAUUACAGGUAUUUGAAAUUAUUGACAGUAUCUCUUAUUUUUGACAGCUACAAAAAUUUAAAACUUAAAUAUCACCUGAUUUAGUAUUUGCAGUCUUCUGAUUAAAAUAUGCAGUCCACUACAUAUAGCUAUCUGCAUAAUUUUUACCAGUAUGUACAAAAUUUUAUAAUCUGCCAUCCAGGUAUAUAUGUAAGACUUCUUGCUUUUCACUGAUGCUUAAUCCACUUUAAAUUGAAUAAAGCUGGAGGCAGUGCUCAACAAGGGCAAAUUUCAGAAUAUCUAAAAAGUUCAAUUUCUUCAAGUUCCAUUCAACAGGUCUGCGUGCAUGACUAGAAAUGCCAAGUCACAGUGAAGUGAGACUGUUAUGCAAUGGUACAGCCAAAAAUACCUAAGUAAUGUAAUCCUUUAGUAAACAUAAGCAUGCUAAAUUUCAUCAGUAAUUAAACACACAGAUAAAUUUAAAAAACAAAUAUAUUUUUUAGCUGGGAGGCAUCAUCUCGUGGUGUAUUUGAUGGUAUGCCAGAAGAAUCUUUUUCUGGGCUGCAUGAAGAGUCUGCAGUAGCAGAUGUGUUGUUUACAACUGGUUUGGCAUCAUCAGCAUGCAGCAUUUGCUGAAGUCUCUCAAUACCUAUCAAAGGGAAACAUAACUCAGUUCAAGCUUUUCUUAUCCUGUAGAAAUAGUGAAAAUAGAAGGGAAAAGUUGACUGGACACAGAUUGCUCAGAGAUGCUGUGUAAUCUGUUUUUAGAUAGUCCUGAAACUUGAUUAAAGAAGGCUCUGAGCUCUGACUUAGCACCUGGCCCCACUCUCAGCAGGAAGUUGAUGUAGUAGAUUUCCCUCCCAACCUACAUUUUUUUUUUGUUACCCCAUACACUUCCUUUACUUCACAGAAAUCCCUUUUGCCAAUAAUAUAUAGCAAUUGUUCAAGAUUAAGUAUUUUAGUGCAUAAAGAAUGGGUAAAUUUUUCAUAUCUCACCUAUGAAGCACGUACAGAUUAGGGGUGCUGUGGAAUGCCGACAUGAUAUAAUGGGUAAUUUUCAAGAAGAAGCAGUGACUUCCAAUAUAGAAAAAACAAUUCUUAAGAUGCAAUUCCACAAACUGGAAAGGUUUGACAUAACCCAAGAGUAGUGCUCAGUAUUCUAGUAUUCAGGGCUAUUCUAGUAUUUCUCAGUUUCAUACAAGGGCUAAUAAUGCCCUCACAAGCUGAGAGGGGAUAAGCAGAUUUGAAUAAUUCUAAUGUUUCCCAAGUCUUGCACGCUACUACACGAUGUAUUAAAAGUAAAACCAACUUACAUAAAUAAAUCUUAUUCACAGAAUCAGAGAAAACUAAUCGAAACCAUCCAGGUUCAUAACAAUAAAAAGCUUUCCCAGGACUAAUCAGGAGUUUCUUAUCAAGGAUCUUC